UUCAGCCAUGCGACAAUGUUUAAGACACACAACAACAACUGCCAGCAGGCUUGAAAUAGCUCGAAGAUCUCAAACCUGCUGUUAGCUCAGCGCCAAGGUAUGCGCCAGGUCAUCAGCUCUCUGCUAGUCUAUACACGGCUCUGCUAAAUGACGACUCCCAGGCGUCCUUCUGCUAUUGAAUGUCCCUUCUGUUGCGCCCAUUUCUCAACAACCAGAAACUUGCGCAAGCAUCUCAUCCUCUACUGCUGGAAGCAUGCUGAAUCGAAACAUUGGCUUACAAAUGUCACUCGCUCCUAUACUUCGGCUCAGGCAGAUGCGAUUGCUGCAGGCCACCAAGCCGAAUGCAUCAAACGCAUUCGUGCUUUGCGUUUGGCCAACAACCAAGCUGGAGAAGCAUCGCAUCCAAGUGAUCAAGCACAAUGGGUUCAAGAAAGAGGGGAGACGGAGCAUGUUUGUCCUUUCUGUAAUGAGGCUUCAAACAGCUUCAUGGGUGCGAGAAAUCACCUCGUCAAAAUGCACGCAGACCAAUACAAGACCAAGCGGUUUCGCAAAGCGCUGCAUUCCUUGUAUGAGCCGAGGCAAGCAGACGCACGCUUGAGGACUAUGUUACGCAAAAUUGCCGCUGCUGCGUCAUGGGCGAGUAAGGAGGCGCGCCAACGUGCAGAGAAAUCAUCAAGUAGUGAUUCUGAAGAGGCAGAGGAAACUGCUGUAGCGUCGAAGAGCAAGGACAAGAUCAAGGGCAAGCUUUCGAAUCCUCAAAUGACAAUCGAAGCUCAAUCAAGGCCAGCGAAAGCAGUCUAUGUUGCAUCUAGCGCCUGGGAGCCACUCAGGGAACAUGUCUCUUCACCUCCCCCAGAGCCUAUUCCUACCAUCCAUCAGCAACAAUCAUACUUUGCUCAAUUUCCACAGACAGAAGAGACUGACACACCGAACAAGUCGUUCAUGGACUGUGUCUUAUCAAAAACGAUUCUGAUUUGGUACGUAUGGCUGAUUGCCAGUCGCUUGCCCUUUCAAGUGCAAGUAACGGCUGAGCUUGUUAUGCUGAGACCAUUUGAUGGCGUUGUUUCGGCAGUUCAAGAAGCACUCGAACGAACACAUGCGGAUGGUCAGAUCGGGCUGGAUGAUUUGCAAGAGAUGACGGAUUGUUGGGGAGGCGAUGAGCAAUUUGACGCAGCUUACGAAGCUAUGAAGGCAGCUGGAGAGACUUGUGAUGGCAAGGCAUCCCAUCCCGAUAAUGAAGGCGGGCAGGAUCUACCGCGUCGAUAUAUGCGGCAACAGCUUGGAAUGUGGUCCACAUUGCUCCUUGGCUGGAUUCAGAGGAUUCAAGACACCUGGAUCAAGCUUGGCAAUCGCAUUGUACAGCAUGCAGCUGAGCAGACAUGGCGUUCGAUUCAAGACGACAGAGAAUAUCGAUGGCAUGCAGACGGCACUUCACUCUUCCAGCAGUCAGAAGGUUCGCAACUGACAAUCGUUAAGUGUCUCACAGCACAUUACAGUCAUUGGCGGCCGCUGUUCGUUGAGUUGUCCCAUUUCGUGAAUACCUCAGAGGAGAAGCUUGAUGCAAUAUUCGACACACUUGCCGAUUCUUAUGCCAACGACAUUGCGCCCUUGUCCAUCGAGCGCAUGACCAAGAUUGACGAAGAAGAACUUUGAGCGAUACACGCGAAGUAUAGAGUAUAACUAUGCACGACUGAUGAUAGUAACGAAAUAUUCCAGAUACGCAUUCUACCAUCACCCAUCAAAGACUGGACGUGACAGAGCAAAGUCUUCAGGGGCACAA